AUGUACAACCGCCUCGACAAAGACCGCUGCGUCUUUCUCUUCAUCGACCACCAGGCCGGCCUGAUCCAGCUGGUCCGCGACUUUGGGCCCGACGAGUUCCGCAACAACGUACUCGCCCUGGUCGACACGGCGAGAUACUUUGACAUCCCUACUGUCUUGACUUCCUCCUUUGAGUCAGGUCCCAAUGGUCCCCUCGUGCAGGAGAUUCCUGACCGAUUGCCCAAAGCGCCUGUUAUUCGUCGACCGGGCGAGAUCAACGCCAUGGACAAUCCUGAUUUUGUCAAGGCUGUGGAAGCGACUGGUCGGAAGCAGGUCGUCAUCAGUGGCGUAUUGACCGAAGUGUGCGCAACAUUCCCUGCCCUCAGCCUGGUGGAAAAAGGGUACGAGGUCUUCGUGGCGACCGACGCAUCUGGUACGUUUGCAGAGCACACGCGCGAGGCUGCCCACAAACGGCUACAGCAGCAUGGCGUUCAACUGCUCAACUGGGCAGCCAUCUCGUCGGAGCUGCAGCGCGACUGGAGACGAGACGUGCAGGGGUUUGGCGAGCUGUGGCGGAAGUACGUGCCGGGGUACUGGUGCUUGAUGCAGAGUUACUCGCAGGCAAAGGAUUAG